AUGUGGAGCCUGCUGGUGCUGCUGUGCUGCCAAGGAAUUGCCUUCUCAGCAGGACUCCCAGCAGCCUGCACUCCAGCUGCUGACACGAGCCGCUGCAGGAGGAGCCGCAACCCCGAGUGCUUCAUGAAUGUUAGUGAAAUUAUCAGAUAUCAUGGAUUCCCCAGUGAGGAAUAUGAAGUUACAACAGAGGAUGGAUAUAUUCUUGCUGUUUUCAGAAUUCCUGCUGGAAGGAACAGCCAAAAUACAGGGAAGAAGCCUGCAGUCUUGCUCCAUCAUGGUAUUUUAUCAGAUUCCAUUCACUGGAUUUCCAACCUGCCCAACAACAGCUUGGGUUUCCUGCUUGCUGAUGCCGGCUAUGAUGUCUGGCUGGGAAACAGCCGAGGAGACACCUGGUCUUUGAAACACAAGACCCUUAAGCCCUGCCAGAAAGUCUUCUGGCAGUUCAGCUUCGAUGAGAUUGGUAAAUAUGAUAUUCCAGCAGAGCUGAACUUCAUCAUGAAUAAAACUGGGCAGAAGCAUAUUUACUAUAUUGGUCACUCUGAAGGGUCAACUGCAGGCUUCAUAGCAUUUUCUACUUAUCCUGAUUUGUCUCAGAAGAUUAAAGCAUUCUUAGCUUUGGCACCAGUGGCCACAAUCACACAUGCUACCAGUCCUCUGCUGGGGUUUAUACAGCUUCCCCAGUCGCUGAUCAGGUUACUGCUUGGCUGCAAAGGAGUUCUUAACUAUAAUGAGCUGCUGAAAGGACCUGUAACACAGUUCUGUGCAUGUCUGGGAAAAGUUUGUGGCAGUGUCUUCUGCUACCUGGUUGGAGGCAGGAUACAAAAUAUGAACACGAGUCGAACAGAUUCAUACUUAGGACAUUACCCAGCUGGAACAUCAGUACAGAAUAUUAUUCAUUGGCACCAGAUCCUACGUGCAGACCAACUUCAGGCUUAUGACUAUGGCUGUAAGGAAAACAUGAAGAAAUACAACCAGACUGCUCCUCCUGUGUACAAGAUAGAGGAGAUAAAGAUACCAACUGCUGUUUGGAGUGGUGGACAGGACAAAUUUGCAGAUCCAAAAGACAUGGCAAGGCUCCUUCCUCGGAUUACUAAUCUCAUUUACCACGAGAAUGUUCCUGCAUGGGGACACCUUGAUUUCCUCUGGGGCCUUGAUGCAACUGAGAAAAUGUAUGUGAAAAUCAUUGAACUACUAAAAAAAUAUGCUUAA